CUCGCCUCGCCCCGCCCCGCCCCACCCCACCCCGGCUCGGCCCCCAUGCGCCUGCGCGGACUCUUUCCUAGCUGCCCCGGUCCCGGCUCGGCGGCUUCGGCGCUCUCGGGCUUUUCAUGGAAGAGAUGUCGGGAGAGAGCGUGGUGACGUCCGCCGUGCCGGCAGCUGCCACCCGAACCACAUCGUUCAAGGGCGCCAGCCCGAGCUCCAAGUACGUGAAGCUCAACGUGGGCGGCGCCCUGUACUACACCACCAUGCAGACGCUCACCAAGCAGGACACCAUGCUCAAGGCCAUGUUCAGCGGCCGCAUGGAGGUGCUCACGGACAGUGAAGGCUGGAUCCUCAUCGACCGGUGCGGGAAGCACUUCGGGACAAUCCUCAACUACUUACGGGACGGAGCCGUGCCGCUGCCCGAGAGCCGCCGGGAGGUCGAGGAGCUCCUGGCCGAGGCCAAGUACUACCUGGUCCAGGGCCUGGUGGACGAGUGCCAGGCGGCCCUGCAGAACAAAGACUCGUACGAGCCCUUCUGCAAAGUCCCCGUCAUCACGUCCUCCAAAGAGGAGCAGAAGCUCAUCGCCACGUCCAACAAGCCAGCCGUGAAGCUGCUCUACAACCGGAGCAACAACAAGUACUCGUACACCAGCAACUCGGAUGACAACAUGCUGAAAAACAUCGAGCUGUUCGACAAGCUGUCGCUGCGCUUCAACGGGCGCGUGCUGUUCAUCAAGGACGUCAUCGGGGACGAGAUCUGCUGCUGGUCCUUCUACGGCCAGGGCCGCAAGAUCGCCGAGGUGUGCUGCACGUCCAUCGUCUACGCCACCGAGAAGAAGCAGACCAAGGUGGAGUUCCCAGAGGCCCGCAUUUACGAGGAGACACUGAAUAUCUUGCUGUAUGAGGCUCAGGAUGGCCGCGGACCGGACAACGCGCUCCUGGAGGCGACGGGCGGUGCGGCUGGCCGCUCCCACCACCUGGACGAGGACGAGGAGCGCGAGAGGAUCGAGCGGGUGCGCCGGAUCCACAUCAAGCGCCCCGACGACCGGGCCCACCUCCACCAGUGAGGCGGCCGCCCCGAGACUGCCUGCAGCCGCCCCCGGCACACGCGCGGGCGCCGUCCUUUGUAACAAACCAGAGCUUUCUUUUGAUACUUCUUGGCCCGUGAGUCGGUUCUGUCCCCGGGACGCCCCCCGGGCCACUGCCCGCCUCUGUCCUGUCUCCUCUUUCUCCAGGGAGGCUCUUGGGGUAGCAGCCCCCCUCAGGCAAAGCUAGGGGUGCGGGUGAGCCCGGCGUGGGGGCUGGAAUUCUCAGUGUUCACGUUGUCAGGGAUCCCAGGGUGGCCCCUCCCGGGCCGUGAGGACCCCUCCCCCACAGCCAGUGUCCGACUCGGGGGCCCCUUGGUGCGAGGACAGAUGCAGGGUGCAGCCAGCCCCCCAAAGGCCUGUCCUCUCCCCGGGGGGUGAGCCACUCUGUCCUCCUCCUGAGCUCCCUCUCUCAGGCCAAUGGACGGGCGGCAAAUGGUCACCAGGCCACGCAGACCCACCGUCCAGCCACGCUCUCCCAGAACCCACAAUACUGACACGAAGGUCCUUCCUUCCCCGGAGCGGGGACAUGGGACAGAGCAUGGGGUAGAGGCUGGGCCUUCUCCGGCCUCCCUCUGCCCUGGACAGGUCAGUCCCACGUCCUGUCUGUGCCAAUGGCUCCAGGCCCGCCCGUCGUCCCCUCCUGUCCCUCCUUGUCCUCCCGGCCUCGCGGCCCAGUCGGGCUCUCUAAAAGCCGGCUCGCUGCGCUCCUUCCCUCGGGGCCGAGGGGCGCCCCGGGAUGAGGCCCUCGCUUCAGAGCCUACCACAGCCCUGCAGGGGAAGAAGGCGACGGUCGGCCGCCCCACUUGACUGAUCCGAGGCCCAGAGAGAUUUUUGUGGCCGCGUAGUCCUCUGAGCCGGCCCCCCGCCUGUCCCGACGCCUCGAGCCCGGCUCUGGCCGCCCUCUGGCCGCCGCCUGCUGCCUGGGAGCUUUAGCCACUUCCUGAAGAGGGACGCGUGUGCAGGAGCCCGUCGUGGGCCGGCGCCGAGGCCUCCCGCCAGACCCGUCGAGGGCUCGCGCCGGGGCAGGGCGACGGAGGCGUCCGCAGUCUCGGCCUUCACCCACAAGACCCAGAGCCGCCCGUACUUCUGCGGUCAGGACGAAGCCUCCGACGACGGGCUUCAUUCUUCCACCUCAGCCCCGCAGGGCCGCCCCAACCGGCUCAGCUUAGGGGGUCGGGGGUCCCGAGGUCGAUGGCAGCAUUGCCCGAAGCGACCUCUUAGGGUCCCCGAGCCUGGGCCUUCCCCGACUCCCGCUCACGCCCUCGGCAGCCCCCGUGCCGCCUGGGGAACGGUUUUCCCUUUCUUUCCCUUCGUGGCAAACAGAAAUCCUGGCUCGGCCAGAGCUGCCUUACCUUGCCCGUCCUCAGCAACCUCACCCCACGGCUGCCAGCAAGGCCACUCAGGUAGCUCCAAACAAUCAAAGCAAGAGGGGGGCCAGGAGGCUCACGGAAAGCCUGAGCUCACCCCCAGUUCCUCCAGGGGUCCCGGCCUUUUCUUUUUAGCCCCUGACCAACCUUCCGUCUUAGAAUCAAUACUGGGCAUCAGAUCCAGGCAGAAGAGCACUAAGGGGAUGCAGUGACUUGUCCAGGGUCACACAGUCAGGAAGUGUCUGAGGUCACAUUUGAACCCAGGAUCUCCUGGCUCUUGGUCCACCAAGCCACUGAGCUGCCCCCUGUCCUGACCUUUUCGAAAUCAUUUAUUUUUUUCCUCCUCUGAAUUGAGCAUACAAUGCUCUCACUCACUGGCCUUCUUGGACCAAGAGUUUGCUGUUGGAGCUUUUCUCACCAAUCCGAAUGGUGAGAAACCCACGGGGGAAGGUUUCUCACGUGGGCGUUUUUCAUUUCUCCUCAGAAUUAACUUGGUUUUAUUAGGAGGAACUCCAUCCUUUCAACCCUGUUUGGGCACAAACUGAUCCAGCCCUAAGCAGAACGACAAGAAGCCGCCUUCUAGAUUCAGCCCAGGUUCUAGAUUCAACCCGGGUUCUAGAUUCAGCCAUUUUUGUGACACUUAAGAGGCUGGAAGUUCAUGUUGGUCGCCCGAGGGGUCAAAGAUCAGCCCAAAAUCGAGGUGUCCCAGAGCCGUCAAAAGUGGUCCAUUUUAUUGCACAAGUACAAAAAUGAAGUUGGGUUAACAGUUUUGAAAAAGGUGGGAGAGCCGGAGCUGCUGCUGCUCCUUUCAAGCUGGCACGCUACGUCCAGGAGACUGUUCUGGCCAAGACAAUGAAUCGGCUGUCACACUCCACUCAGUCUGCCGGGAGACUGGACUUACUGAGCCACACACAAGCAUGACGGUCACUGUGCUGAAGCCUUAGCUCUCUUAGUUCAGUCUUUUCUAACAUUUUCUGUAUCCUCAAAGAGAAACUGUUUGUCAGAUCCUGAACCCCUGAACAUCAUGGCCCAUGGGUGCAUCAUGGCCCCAUCAUAUCCCAUGGACACAUCAUGGGCACCUCAUGGCCCCAUCAUGGCACCUCAUGGCCAAAGGAUUCAUCAUGGCCCCAUCAUAUCCCAUGGACACAUCAUGGGCACCUCAUGGCCCCAUCAUGGCACCUCAUGGCCAACGGAUUCAUCAUGACCCCAUCAUAUCCCAUGGACACAUCAUGGCACCUCAUGGUACUUCAUGGCCCAUGGACACAUCAUGGGCACCUCAUGGCCAACGGAUUCAUCAUGACCCCAUCAUAUCCCAUGGACACAUCAUGGCACCUCAUGGUACCUCAUGGCCCAUGGGCACCUCAUGGCCCCAUCAUGGGCACCUCAUGGCCCCAUCAUGGGCACCUCAUGGCCAACGGAUUCAUCAUGACCCCAUCAUAUCCCAUGGACACCUCAUGGUACCUCAUGGCCCAUGGGCACCUCAUGGCCCCAUCAUGGCCACCUCAUGGCCCCAUCAUGGGCACCUCAUGGCCAACGGAUUCAUCAUGGCCCCAUCAUAUCCCAUGGACACAUCAUGGCACCUCAUGGCCCAUGGAUCAUGACUGUGAAGGGGAGAACGAGCAGGAUUCAGCUCCCAUAGAGUUGCAAUAGUGGAAUUCUUUCCUGUUGAGUGUGCACACUUUUUACUAGAAGGUCACCAAAAAUAUCACGUUAGCACAUUUAAAUGUCUUGUUCUGACUGUGCUGCCCCUUAAAGCUAUGCACAAAAUGCUUGAGUUUUUGUUCUUGUUUUUAGAACUGUUCAAUGUCUAUACAUUACAAGCAUUUAUCUAUCCACAAAUAUAUAUAUAUGCAAAAUAAAAUUCUAUAAAGGAUUUCUACUUA